AUGGAAUCAGAUCCUAUCAGUACUAACGAACCGUGCGACGUUCUUCUAAUGCAAUCAAGUAUACCUAUGGAUGUAAACGACGACGAACAUGAGACUAAAUCAGAUACUCUUGCACCAAUUGAACAAAUCGACUACUCGGUACCUGAAAGACCAGAUGAGCUGAACAAUGAUACACCAUUCCAUGAAAAGCAGAUUCCAGAAUCCUCUAGUCAACAGGAAGACGGUCUCUCUGGAGACAUAAACAAGCCAGAUCAAACCCAUUCAUAUUUCCCUGAGGACGAUGAUUCAUCCACUUUACAGCAUAAAAACCUCAGACCUCGACGGUCUAUAAGAAAACGAUUUGUCGAGAUACAAGAGGACGAAUGGGAAAGGCUCUUGAGUGAUGAUGUCUCUCUUCAUGAGUAUGAUCUUAGUCAAUAUGUAGAUAUGGAAGGAGAAUCAAUUAAUACAUGGAUUGCUGUAGAACAAAUAUUGGGGAAUCGUAAAUUAAAGAGUUCAAAGAUUACGAAAGCGAUCAGUGAAGCUGUAAGGAGCUUUUCAUCCAACAACAAAGAAAUCGUUGAACAAGAAUAUUUUGUUAAAUUUAUUGAUCAGUCCUACUGGCAUUGUGCAUGGAUGAGUGGAGCAGUUCUUUUCACCCUUAACCCGAGUAAAAUACGUGCUUAUUUCAGGAAUAAACAGAAUACCAGUAAUCAGAAGCUAAACCCGAAUAGCUCCAAAUUAAGUCCAAAUCAUGAAUGUAGCCAAAUAGAGAAUGGAGAUCAUGAUAUUGCCUCAAACUCUGGGUCUAAACUAACAACAUUGGUUUCUCAUUCGAGUGAAGAAGAGAGUGACGUUGAAGAUAAUUUAAGAAAAUGGAGUAAGGAUGCUGAGCUGGACGUUAAUGAGUGGAUUGCUAAUUAUCCGAAACGUGCUGGUUCACGUCGUCGCUAUCUUCUACGAUGGGGUGUCGAAAGUCACACACUUAUUCCUGAACGUGUUUUAGCUGUUGGGGAUUCAUUCACUCCUGAAAGGUUUAAAAAGGUUGAGGGAAUAGACAGCAAAGACAAAUCUAAUCGACCACCUAAUACAAUGAAGUGGCCAGAAUAUAGAGAAGUCCUUGUCAAAUGGUUGCAUUUGCCGUAUAUUUAUGCAACGUGGGAGACAGUUGAAUCAGAUAUAUUGAGUUUGAACUCUCGUGGAGUUGAUCAUAAAAGUCAAAAAAGUGCAUACAAAGUUCUUGAUCCUUGCGGACGCAAUUUAUUACCACGUCUAGUGAGGCGACAUAUCAUUAGGCUAGCUGAUAAAUAUUGCUCUCGUGUUGCGACCAUACUAUGUGAUGUAUACGGAAAUCAACUUACACCGGGAAGAAAGAAUAGAAGUACCGGAAAUUGGAAAUCAAAAUGGAUCGAUGAACAACCUUCUUAUUUGUCCCCAAUUCACCACAGAGUUCUUCAUCCUUAUCAAAUAGAAGGUGUGAGAUGGUUAUGGCAUGCAUAUCAUAAUAAUAUCAACGCUAUUCUGGCAGAUGAAAUGGGCCUGGGAAAAACUGUACAAGUGAUAGCUUUACUAUAUUCACUCUGGAAGGAAAUAGAUUGCCAAACUGCGUCUUCACUAUCGAAUUGGGAGAGGGAAUUUUCGAUAUGGGCACCUGAUUUUUACAUCGUUGUUUACAGUGGCGACAAACAAGUUCGUGCAUUGCUUCGAGAAUAUGAAUUUCGUUUACGAAAUGCUGGAGGAAUACCUGCGUUCCAUGUACUGAUCACCAGCCAUGAAUUAGCUUGUAUUGAUCGUUCAUUUUUGAAGAGUUUUGAUUGGAGUGCUUUAGUUGUGGAUGAAGCUCACCGUCUGAAAAAUAAACAGUCUCGUUUUUUCAAAGAUACUAGUCAGUAUCAUACUAACUUUAAAAUCCUCUUAACUGGAACGCCAUUACAAAACAAUUUAGAAGAAUUAUUUCACCUAUUAAAUUUUGUUGAACCGAAAAAAUUCACUGAUUUUCGAGCACUAAGUGAACAAUGGGCUGAAAUGCCAAAAGCUGAUCGUAUUAAAAAUCUCCACGAUUUACUCAAGCAUCAUUUAUUAAGGCGAUUAAAGUGCGAUGUAAUCCAAGAUUUACCAAAGAAAACUGAAAUUAUUGUUCCAGUUGAUAUGACUUUACUUCAGAGACGUCUUUAUAAAUAUAUUCUAACAAAUAAUUAUGAGGAAUUACGAUGUGGAAAUCUAAUAAAUAGUAUUAUGCAUUUGCAAAAGGUGUGUAAUCAUCCAUAUUUGAUGCAAGUUGGAGAUGCUAUUGCACCACGCUUAAACCCAAACGACGAAACAAAUGGGCCAUACGAACCCAGAGCUUUGGUACAAGUCAGCAGUAAAUUGGUUGUAUUAAUGGAAUUACUUCGUGGAUUGUUUGUUGAUGGUCAUCGAGUAUUGAUUUUUUCCCGCUUCACAAUGAUGUUGGAUUUAUUGGAAGAGGUUUUGACUAAUGCCAGGUAUAAAUAUGUUCGUAUUGAUGGUCGUGUGCGAGGUCCUUUAAGGCAGGUUACUAUCGAUCGUUUCAAUGCUCCCAACUCGGAAUUCUUCAUUUUCCUUUUGUCUACUAGAGCCGGUGGAGAAGGAAUCAAUCUUGCUUCAGCUGAUACAGUCGUGCUGUAUGAUUCUGAUUGGAAUCCUCAGUGUGAUUUACAAGCGCUUUCUCGGGCUCAUCGAAUUGGUCAGUCUAGGCAUGUUGUUAUCUAUCGGUUCAUAACACGUCACAGUAUUGAAGAGAAAAUAUCUCAGGUGGCUAGGCGUAAACUUGCCCUUACUCAGUUAGUUGUCAAUCAAAAUCAGAAACGUCCAAAGGCACUGGGAACUUCGAUUCCCGCAUCAAGUCAACAUGACUCGACUGAAGACAAUAACGCACCAAACACAGACUCAAAUUUUGAUAACUCUAGAGUUAACCAAGAUUGCGUCUCCAGAUCUGAUCAAGAUACUAAUCUUGCAGAAUCAACACAAACACAAUCGAAUACUAAAUCAGUGAGCCGGCUAUCACGUUCAGAAAUGGAUGAACUAUUACGCUCAGGUGUAGAAGCUCUGUUUGCCACAGAUGAUCCUUACACUACAAAGGAUUUGUACGAUGCGGCUCGAGUAGAUGAGAUUGAAUCGAAAGAUACUUAUCAAAGAAUUGUAUAUGAUUCACAGGCUAUUUCCAAACUCCUGGAUCGUUCAAAAAUGAUGGCUGAUUCCGAAGAGACUGUUCCAGCUUUUGACGAAUAUUUAAGUGCGUUCCGAGUAGCGCAUUUUGACGAAAUGAACGCUGAGCCUGUGGAUUGUUUUGUAACAAAAAAUAAUGAAGAGCAGGUUAACAGAAUGGAGAUCUCUGAAAAAAAUCCUGAAUCAGGCAAUCCAACCAUGGUUACUGAUGGAACAUAUGCUGAAUCUAUCGGGUUUGCUGAUUUUUGGGACAGACUGCUACAUGAACGCUAUGAGCGUCUCUUGAAUACUGAAGUUGAAGCGACAAGCGAAUCCAGAAGAAACCAUCGAACCAUGCAUAACCAAAGUAUUAGAGACGUAGUAGGUGAUAAUUCUAGUGAUUUGAACAAAGAAUUACAACUAGAAAAGGAUGAUGAAAAUUCAACUGAUUCAUUUAUUAGUGAUAAAGAAAAACUGUUUGAUAGAACCAAAGCUGUACGUGAAGUGAUUAAGUUACGUUUGUCCCGGCAAGAAAGACGUAAGGUUUUCAAUCUUUAUCAUGGAUUUGAGGAUGAAAAACUGGAAUUGUUAGUUGCUGAACUCCAAAACAAAUAUGGGAACUUGGGUCAUCAAAAACCAAAAGCUAGACCCUGUUCAUCUAAACCAAUGCCUGCCUCUGUCAAACGAGCUCGGUCAUCAAGAGUAACUUCUAAAAAACCAUAUGAUCGAAAUGCUUUUGAGAAGUCUAAUACUUACCACGUCACAGAUUUCGAAGAUUCUUUAGAGGAAGGCUCUAUGCCAGACAUUACUAGUGAUGAUGAUCCCCCUUAUCUGCCGUCUGACGGAACUGAUUCAGUCGAACCAGUUAAAGAUUCACUAGCAUCAAGUCGUACUCGAAGGUCUAGCACUCAUACGUCUUUGCCAACUUCUGAAGCUAUUGUUGACAGCAGUGACAGUGAAGAGUUUCUUCUCUGGGAAUCAUCUGCUAAUGCAGUCAAUCCAGUUUGUUGGUAUCCCACAGCUGAUACUUAUGCCAAAUGGAGAGCACGAGUUUCCGAUCUUGGUCAGCAUAUCACAUGGCAUCGGGAUGAGUUAUUUAUAUAUAACUUUGGCCCUAAUGAUCGUCAAUUAUUCAACAACGCAGUUAUGAGGUUCGGUCUUCCACCACCUGGUAUUGUCCCACCUCAAGACUGGCUUCCGCCAGCCUUAUAUUAUAAAUCUCAAUUUCAAUUGUUUGGUUACGUAUGUCUGUACAUGAAACAUUUAUACGAUGACCCGAAUGGAUUAGAUGAAUCUGAAGAAAGUUGGUCCGAUGGUUUACCUAAAGAACAUUUAUGUGUUCCUGCGGUGCUUUCACGUAUUGCAGUGAUGGCGUUGAUUAGAAAUAAAGUAUUACAAUAUGAAGAUGUAAAUGGACCGACAAGUAUUUCUACUGAUAUUCAAAGUCCCACUUUCAAAUUUGCUAUACACGAAGGUGGUUUGACGUUAUUACGUUCUGUGUGGAAUGAAGAAUGUACAAAGAUCAGUAAUAUUUGUCAAACAAUUCAAUCUCAUUCAGAAAUAGCGAGAAAUUCAGAGUUAAUAAUAAAAACCCAGAGAAUAUGGCAUUCACGUCAUGAUUACUGGCUUCUUGCUGGCAUACUUGUUCAUGGCUAUUCUCGAUGGGCUGAUAUAUUAGCUGAUCCACGUUUUCGUAUUCUUAAUUUUGGAUUGUCAGGAGUUCUAAAGGGUAUGCAUAAGCUUAUGAAUGCUGAUUUAAGUUCACAUGGCACAUCAUCCACUUCUCGUCAAACUCCUUCUGAAUCAACUGAAGCUCAAGCAUUCCUAUUAGAUCGCUUGAAAUUACUUGAACAAGCUUUAAUUGUCGAACAAACGUUGUACGAAGUCGCUGAAGCUGCUCUUAGUAGUACCACACACCAAAAUCAACUGGACCCAGUUCGUACUAGAAAUUUGGCUAUUUGCCUAUCUAAUAAAUUAAUCCAAACAGGAGCUCGUAAACGAAUUGCUUUACCUAAGGAUCCAAGGGCAAGAGAAGCUACACGUACAGUAGUACAAAAUCUACAAGAAUUAUUAGAAGAUAUGUACGCAGAUUUUCCUGGUAUGCCCGCUUCAGUAACAUUCACUGGAGACGAUGAUGCCAAUGCAAAAGAUAAAUUAAAAAUAAUAUCAAGUGGAAAUACAAAUAAUAUUGGUAUUACUAACAGUGGUCGUUCAUGUCAUUUACCAAAAACUUUCGGGGAGAAAACAGAAGUAAAUUUAUGCGACGAUGAUGAUAUUGAUAGCACUGGUGAUAGUCAGCAUGAAAACGAUAAUAGUCAAGCACCUGCUGAUAAAAUAAUUUGUCCUGAUAUGGAAAAACUUCAUCCAGAUAGUUUGGUACCUCGACCAGGAUCACUAAAACUCAGUAGCUCACCACAAUGUGAACAGGGGAUUUUUAUCGAAUUGUCUGAUGACGAGGAAGUUCCGAGUUCUAUUCCUGAUACCGACGGUGCUGCUGAUCAACAAGCAAACUGCGGUUACGACAAGACUAACAUACAGUCUAACAUUGGUGCUAAUAACGAUAAUGAUACUAGUGAACACUGUGCAUUACCUAAUCUACCGAACUCAAGGGAUGAUGAUCUGAUUCAUCCAAUUGAAUAA